AUGUUUAGCGAACUGCCUCAAUUUUUGUUUUCCCUUCAAGGCUUUCUGUUGGUGAUAAUUCUUGUUGUAACGCUGUACUUCAUUUCUUGCCUUUUGUUCCCUGAUGUUUCUGUUUCUGAUUUGGAGAAGAAAGCCGUUCUUAUCACGGGAUGCGACAGUGGUUUUGGUUACGAGCUCGCAAAGAAGCUCGAUUCUCGAGGUUUACAGGUUUUUGCUGGGUGUCUCACUUCAGACGGACAAGCAAAGCUGAGAAGUGAAUGCUCUCGACAACUGACCACAUUACAACUUGACGUUACAAAUGCGAGCGACGUGCAGAAUGCUUUGAAAGAAGUAAAUUCCCACCUCCCUCCCCAAGGUAAGUGAAAAGAACACGCAAUCGUUUAAACAGUGGAGGAUUCUGCGAACAUUGACGAACCGAAAUUACAGCUCUUGAAUAUUUCUUGCCACCGAUUUUUGCCGCCGUUUACACACAUCUCUGACAUCUCCAGUUAAUCUGAAAACAUUCAUCAAAUAUUGGUGAGCUUUUGCUUUUGAAUAUCUGUAUCACCUUACCGCCUGUUUGAGGACUCACCUUUUCUCGUACCCUUGGAGAAUUCCAUUAAAAUUGUAUUCACCCCUGAAGACUACCAUAAAAUAUGGGUCAACCCCUGGAGAGGCCUGAAAAAGGUACCCUUUUGGGAGGAACCUCCCUGUAUGGACCAAUAUAGGGCCAAAUACCCCCCACUGAGGUUUGGUUGGUCCCAAGCCCUUCCACUCAGGAACCUGCAGCUCGCAAACAAGUGCAUGUAAUUUUAUGCCGUCCAAGAAAGCACUUUUAUAAUAGUAAAGAUGUAAUAAAAUUCGCAUGGAAAGCCGUAGCCUGUUCCAAGCUCUCAGAUAGUAGCGAUGACCUGUAAGUGAAGUGCACGCAAAAAUAUAGGUGCGUGAUCUGGGAAAAGGUGGGGGUAACAGUAAAAAGUUUCCUUCCAGUUUCCUCUCCCGAGUUUUUGUUUUGUGUUUGAACUGUCUCAAUUUCGCAGACCAGUCUAUGUCGGAGCCUGGAACAGCCCAGGAAAGCAGUAAACAUGCGAUGAGUGUUUUUUGCAGUUGAAACAACAUGUCUUGAUGUACUUUUAGGUUUGUGGGCUGUAGUGAAUAAUGCUGGGAUUGUAGCCCGGGGUCUUACUGAAUGGCAGACUGUAGAAGAAAUGAAGCACGUUCUUGAUGUCAAUCUCUGGGGGAUGGUAUCAGUGUCCAAGGCAUUCUUGCCACAGCUUAAGAAAACCAAGGGACGCAUUGUUAAAGUAGCUAGUACAUUGGGAACAAUUUCGCUCCCCUCUCUAACAGCAUAUUGCAUAUCAAAGCAUGGUGUUCAAGCAUUUUGUGAUUCUCUGCGUCGAGAGGUAAAGCAGUUUGGUGUUUCUGUUCACAUUUUGGACCCUGGUAUGUUUAGAACCAACCUGCUAAAUCGUGAAGUGGCUAUAAAGCAGGUAGAGAAGUUAUGGGCUAACCUUGAUGUGGACACAAAGGAAAGUUACGGAGGAGAGCUAAAUUUAGGUAAGUAAUAUAUAGACUGACCCAAAGCGAUACUCUCGCAUGAACUUUUAAGAAAUGUCUUUCUGAAGUAAAGUUUUGAGAGUCUUCGAUCACUUUAUUACCAUAACUGGUCAGCAGAGAACUUUAAAAAACACGUCACCUGAAAGGUACAAAGGUAAAGCAACCAUAUUUUACAUCGAUAACUCAUGACAGUAUGACGAUAACUGAUAUUAACUUGAGCUUGAUGAUGCGCUCAUUUUACGGGGGCCCUCUCUCCAUCAGCGUUCCAUUUUAAGAGAACUUAAAGCUAGUCAAUUGAGCUACACAGAAAGGAGAGAAGUUGAAACAAGGAUGCGGUGUCACCGGGGAUCAAACUCGGGACUUCAUGUACCAAAGAAUGUGCACUAACCAACUGUGCCACCCUUGCUCACCCUCCCCCCCCAGGGGGGGGUACUUUAGGACUUUUUGGGUGGGGAUGUGCCGUUUGGACCCUGGAACCCUCAGCCUGUACCAGAGCUAGUUUAAGUGAAUUUUGCUACCCCAUACCAUACUAAACUCCCCAACCCCCCCCCCCAUCCUAGAGUAGCUGUUUUCCAGAAACAACUGAGGUCACUAGCACAGUCCAGGGAAACCAAAACCGAUUUGAUUUUUUUAUAUUCUUGAGUGGCAAUUCCCGGUUUCCCUAGUCUAGACUAAAAUCUUCAGCCAAUUGAUCAGUUUAAAUGGAAAAUGAUACCCUCUUCUAGACCCAAACUCUUUCAUUUAUAUACCCUGCUUGAAAACCAUACCCUUCACAUCGGCACAUACCUAUAUGGCCCAUAUAAGGCAGUAUCCCCCACCCCCCCCCCCCCCCCCUUUGCUCAACUCAAUGAGAUGUACACAUGAGCACCUUAGAUGGAUGAGCUCAUGCAAGAGCGCAUUCUCUCUUGUUUCAUCACGAGUAGCCAAUUUUCUUACCCGAGGUGCUCUGAUGCUUUGCGCAUGCGAGAGCUUGGCUAUCACUUUUUUUUUUUACACCUGACACUUAUAUUGGUGAGCCACAACCUUAUUUAUUUAACCUUGGAAGAAGUUUUAAUUACCAAAACAUCGAAAAAGCAAUAAUAAGAAAAAUUAACUGAAAGCUAGUCUGUGUACACCAGUCCCCUUCCCUCAAACAUUAAAUCUCCUGAUUUUGUGCACUUAAAGGCUUAAUUAGUGAAAGUCAACCAAGACUGCUUAAUUCUGUAAAUAUUCCAGCAGAAAAACCUCACAAGCCCAUAGGGAACUAUGCAGGAAACAUUUUUCAUGUAUUGAUAAUUUUAUAAAACUUUAUUUUUUCCCAAUGACUUGGACGGAUUGCAUGGCUUGCUGACUUGCGGAUAGUCCGGGCCCACAACAGUUGAGAUAAAAUUGUUAAUACCGUAAAAUUCUGAAAAUAAGCCCCGGGGCUUAUAUUUUUCAAAGGCCCUUUUUGGAGGCUUAUUUUUUGGAGGGGCUUAUAUUCGGAGGGGCUUAUCUACAGAGGGAAAUUUGCGUCUCAAAAUCGAUUGGGCUAGCCUUACAGUUGGAAGUAAAUUUACUGUUUUUGCUUUGUUUUACUUUGUAUUUGAGGGCAAUUUUCCAAGUACAAGCCCCGGGGGGCUUUUUAUAUAUGCGGAGGGGCAAUUUAAUGGAGGGUUUUUUGUGUUACCGGUUUAGGGGGCUUAUAUUUGGAGGGGCUUAUACAUGGAGGGGCUUAUUUUCGGAAUUUUUACAGUAUUUCAUUUGAAAUUGAAAAGAGGGACAUGGCAAAAAAAUAAUUAUGGGGACAUUGAAAUCCAUCUCAUCACUGGUGAUACGUCAUAAAUGGUUGAAUUACAGCUUAGAAAAAAAUAAAUUUAAGUCACCUGUCCAUUACAACCAUGUGUACAUGUACAGCUGAAAUAUGGAAAGAAUUAUUUUUUCACCGGAAAAACAUUUCUUAUCAUUAAGGGACCGGUCAUUAUUUAUGUGUGUGUGUGUGUGUGUGGGAUUGUUUUUGUUUUAGCAUGAAAGAAAAAACGUGACCCACCCCUUUAAGCCCAUUAGUUAAUUCUUGACCCACCCCCAUAUAACUUUAUAUAAGAGGUGACACACCCCCAACCCCCUUCAAUCUAUACCUCUAUAAGGAGUUCCUGUUCACUGAACAAAAUCAGCAUAUCUUGUGGACUAGUGUCCUACUCUGCGGCCACUUCUUGUUGAUGUGCCUUCUUGUAUUGUUACAGUAUGACUGUCAUCAUCGCUUUUACUUUCAUCACACAAAACAAGGUCAUUGUCACUGUCACUCUCAUCACUGUCCUUACCAACACUGACGCUUGAAGGAAAUGUAGAUUCCUUUGAAGUUUCGUAAUAGUGUACUGUGAUUCGCUUGAUUUUGUCGAUUUUCUGUCCGUUCUUGCUAAGUUUAUUAUGCUCAAUGUAUUUGUCCAACUCGCGAUCGGGGACUUUCAUAGUGUCAAGCACCCCCUUCUCUACAAGUGUUUUCCAGUCAUAGCAAUGUACAUCUUUUAAGGCUCGAACUUGCUUUUCUGGAACACACAAUGACCCACCCCCAAUCAUCGUGAAAUUCUCUUUUGGCCCACCCCUUUUUUCUAAAAAAAUAGGCCUGGCCCACCCCAUGAUUUUUCCCCCCCAACCCCCCAACAUAAAUAAUGACCGGUCCCUAAGUCGGGAUGACUGAUACAUUUUGCGCACUGUGUUGGUGUGUUUGUGUCAGUAUAUUUCUUUUAUCCUUUUAUUAUUCCUUAAUUCUGAUGUUGUCAGUGGCCUUUUUCUUCCAUAAACACCGUACCUUACUGACAACACUAGCUAGAGCUGAGUGAAAUAGACAAAACUACUGCAUUUUCCUGCAUAUUGAUUUACUGAAAAUGUACUGCUGAAAACGCUGGAAAUGGCACUUCUGAGACCCUAAGUUUUAAAAUUUUCUGGGGGAGCAUGCCCCCAGCCCCCUGGCCCUAGGUUGGCUGCCUUCGACGCUACAAACUUUCUCCCCAUGUGCAUACACCUUCAAAAUCUCAUGCUACGCCACUGCCUAGGACUAAAUUAUUAUUUUCAUUAUUAAUUACAGAAUACUGUUUUACUCGCUAGAAGUGGAAUCAUUUUGUAACGGAUGGUUUGUUAAUGUCCAUAUUAUACUUAAUCUUCCCUAGGAAAGGUCAUGUAUGGUGGUCAGUUUAGGUUUUUUCUGUCACCACAUAUUUACAAAGUGGUUGAUGCAAUGACGCAUGCUGUGACAUCCACUCGACCUAAGCUGCGGUAUGGAGUAGGAUGGGACCACAAGUUCUUUUGGAGGCCUCUUUCACUUUUGCCAUCUGAAAUACAAGAUUUAAUUCUUCCUUCUAUGCAAGCACACAAAGGAGCUCCGUAA